AUGCAUGAGCCGGUGUUUCCUAGUCUUGACGACUUCUUGUCUGAAUCAAGACCAGAGCAUGAGUUGGAAUUCAAGAGAGUUCCGUUCUCUCACCCACUCUACAUCCUUUAUACGAGUGGGACCACCGGGCAGCCAAAGUGCUUGGUACAUAGCCACAGCGUGAUCCUACAGCACAAAAAGACAUCUGUGCUGCACAACUCUUUAACCGAGAAUGACAUUGUAUUCCAGUAUAGCAGUACUUCAUGGGUAUUGUGGAAUAUCAUGAUUGGCCAUUUAUCAGUCGGACCGACUUUGAUUCUUUACGACGGCUCACCUUUGUGGCCCAGUGCAAAGGGAAUGGCGAGUAUCGCUGAAUACCAUCGUGUAUCAUAUUGGGGAUGCUCACCUCGCUACCUGCAGGAGCUAGAGAUGACCAGAUGUAUUCCUAAAGAUGAGUUUGAUCUUUCAUCGCUGAGAAUGGUACAAACAGGUGGUUCUCAUCUGGGCGCAGACCAAUAUCACUGGUUCUAUCGGGCAUUCCCUCCUCGUGUUCACCUCACUAGUGUAACAGGGGGUACAGAUCUGGUCACUUCAUGGAUUGGAACUGAUCCGGCUGGGCCGUUAUAUCCCGGUGAAAUCCAGCUACCUAUGUUGGGUCAGGAUGUGGAUGUUGCAGAUCCCAGCACGGGCGAGUCGGUCAAGUCUACCGGCAAACAUGGCGAGUUUGUCUGUCGCCAGCCAUUUCCAUCCAUGCCAGUAUUUUUCUGGGGAGAUACGAACGGGACCAAGUACAAGGAUACUUAUUUUGACAAAUUCAAAAAUUGCUGGGCUCAGCAUGAUUGGGCCAGUUACAACCCUUUGACGAAGGGAUGGCAAAUUCAUGUAAAUUUUAGUGACGGCGUGUUGAACCCACAAGGCAUUCGAUUCGGAUCAUCUGAUAUCUACUCAAUUACCGAGUCAGCGCCGUUUAACAAAGUCAUUUCGGCCACGCUCUGCAUUGGAAGACGCCGGCCGCAUGACACGGACGAGGAGGUAUUUCUCUUCAUUGUGAUGCAAUCUGAGAAGUCCUUCACUACCCAACUGGCUUUGGAGCUCAAGGAUGCCAUCCGGAAAGGGUUGAGUAGCAAGCACGUCCCUCGCUUCAUCAUCGGCGUCAAGGAGGUUCCAAUGACCGUCAAUGGAAAGAAGAUAGAGACUUUGGUAAAACAGGUCGUAUCUUCGGGAAAACUGCCAGCAACUAUUAGCAGUACUGUGGCAAACCCCGACUGUUUGAAUGACUUCAUACAGUACUAUGAGCUCGAGACGACAAAAGAAAGGAGAGGGAAGCUAUAG